UUUAUUCACGUGCAUUCCCAAAAUGAUCCCUAAUCCUUCCUCUAUAUAAAGCACACGAAACAUCACUCCCUCUCUCGUGGCCAAGAAGCAAAGCAUAACCCUUGAAUUAGAGAGACCACGAGUGUGACUGUCAUCAUUUAGCCAACAAGAAGAAGAUGGAGGCGACCGGCAAGAAGGCGGCGAUUCUGUUGGGAUUGAUGGUUGCGAUGGCUUGCUGCGCCGACGCACAGACCAUCUGCAACAUGACCUAUGCGCAGCUGAUGUCCUGCAAGCCAGCAGCGACGCCGCCCAACCCACCGCCGCCCACGAGCGCGUGCUGCGCGGGGCUCUCGCACGCAGACCUGAAGUGCUUCUGCCAGUACAAGAACUCGUCGAUCUUGCCCUCAAUCGGGGUCGACGCGAAGCUUGCAAUGGCGCUCCCCAGCAAGUGCAAGAUCCCUAAUGCGCCCAAAUGCUGAUCGCAUCGCAUUGUGCGGGUGCGUGUGGGGCUUGGAGAGAAAGUAUUAGCCCAAAUGCUUUACAAUAAUGCAUAUCAUGUAGUAUGCUUUUUCAUUGAGUGCUUAAUUUCUGUCUGAUUUGUAUAAUUGAUACUCCCUUUUAUGAGCUCUAGCUCAGUCUAUUGAUACCAGCUUAUGAUAAUCAAAUGAUAUUAUAGUA